AUGUCAGAUCCAAGAGCUUAUUACAACCCUACCACGGGAAGAAUUCACUACCUCACGAACGAUGGCGGUCCACCAAAUGAAGGCAGACCGCCUGCAGACGGAGAUCGAGGGCCGAACCAGACAUCGUCACAGGAGCCACUCCAGGGAUCUCAGAUGCCGCCGUCACGACCCACCCCUGCCCGACAUGUCCAUUUCGACUUUGGUGCCGAAACUCGUCGUGGGCCGCCACCUCCAUAUGAUCCAAAUAGGUGGAACACAACCCAAGGACAGACACCACAGCACGGAGCAGGUCUGCAUGUGCAGCAAAUGCCGGUCUGGGUCCAACACGCUGCCGGACACAGGCAAACACAGUCAGGCGGUGCACAUGGUACCCAUCAGGCUGGCGGCGGUAGCGGGCAAGGUCAGACAAUCUGGGUACCAGUGACAGUCCCAGAUCCGCCGAUUCGAAGUGAUGGCCGGGCGGCGCUGAUGAUCAACGACGAAGAUUAUGGCGAAAGGAAUUGA